AUGGCUUCGACAGACUAUGUGUUUACCAGAGAUUACCUGGACAACAACCGAAUCAAUCUCCAGCACUAUCUCACCGUUCAGCUUUUCGGUUACCACAUCCAUCCCUCGAUCCCGAUCACAAAUAAAGACUUGAGAAUUGCGGAUGUUGGCACAGGUACAGGAAUAUGGCUUACGGACUUGUCUACGACUCUGCCCAAGUCGGCCCGUCUAGAUGCGCUAGAUAUCUCAUUCGAUGCUGCACCUUUACCAGAGAUGCUUCCGUCCAACUUCAGCUUACACUACUGGAACAUCAAAGAAGACGUGCCCGAGCAUCUAAUCGGAGUAUACGAUAUAGUCCAUAUCCGCUUCUUCGCGUUUGUUCUUCGGGAAUCGGAGGUUAAGGCAGCCAUCGACAAUCUCCUCAAACUCCUUAAACCAGGUGGAUAUCUUCAAUGGACCGACAUUGAUGUUUCCUCCAUUCGACUUGAAAUUCUCAGACCGGGAAUUGAAAUCGUUGCCCAGACGAAGUUAAUGGAACUUUUCCAGGGAAACGAUGACCGAAUGCGCUCAUCUUGGCUUCCCAGUCUACCAAAACUAUUUGCAGAACAUGGCCUUGUUGAUGUUCAGUUUGACGAGAAGGAGGCACCUUCCCAUCUGGCGUUAGCAUUUCACGAGUGCGGCAUGCUGGCCCCAGAGGUUCUUAGCAGAAAUAAGACGACCGACGAAAAAACAGUACAGAUGUUGAAGGAAACCCUGGACCAGGCUGUGAAGGAGACUCGGGCUGGAUCUUACCUGACUUUCACCAGGUCGACUGUUGUCGGGCGGAAAAAUCGAGAAAAUCGAGAUGCUGAGUAG